AUGUCUCGCACAACCGGCCAGCAGCCGCCGCGGAAGAUAUCCUUCAAUGUCUCCGAGCAGUACGAUAUCCAGGACGUAGUCGGCGAAGGCGCGUACGGUGUAGUGUGUUCUGCGCUGCACAAGCCUUCGGGCCAGAAAGUUGCAAUCAAAAAGAUCACUCCUUUCGAUCACUCCAUGUUCUGUCUGCGGACGCUCAGAGAGAUGAAGCUUCUGCGAUACUUCAAUCAUGAGAACAUCAUCUCGAUCCUCGACAUUCAGAAGCCCAGAAACUACGAAAGUUUCUCUGAGGUGUACCUCAUACAAGAACUCAUGGAGACAGACAUGCACCGCGUGAUCAGGACACAAGAGCUUUCCGACGACCACUGCCAAUACUUCAUCUACCAGACCCUGCGCGCGCUGAAGGCAAUGCACUCAGCAAACGUCCUGCAUCGUGACCUCAAACCCUCGAACCUGCUGCUCAACGCCAACUGCGACCUGAAAGUUUGCGAUUUCGGGCUGGCUCGGUCCGCCGCGUCGACCGAAGACAACUCAGGCUUCAUGACCGAAUACGUUGCGACAAGAUGGUACCGCGCACCUGAGAUCAUGCUCACGUUCAAGGAGUACACCAAGGCUAUCGAUGUAUGGAGCGUCGGGUGUAUCCUGGCAGAGAUGCUGAGUGGGAAACCUUUGUUUCCUGGCAAAGACUACCAUCACCAACUCACUCUCAUCCUUGAUGUCCUCGGAACUCCGACAAUGGAGGACUACUACGGUAUCAAAUCCCGCCGCGCGCGAGAGUAUAUCCGCUCGCUGCCCUUCAAGAAGAAGAUACCCUGGAAGGUCAUGUUCCCCAAGACCUCAGACUUAGCGCUCGACCUGCUAGAGCGGCUUCUUGCUUUCAACCCUGUCAAGCGCAUCACGGUUGAGGAGGCCCUCAAGCAUCCUUACCUUGAGCCAUACCACGAUCCGGAGGACGAGCCGGUUGCGGAGCCGAUUCCAGAGAGCUUCUUUGAUUUCGAUAAGAACAAGGAUAACUUGACCAAGGAAGAAUUGAAGUGUAAGUGCUUCAUCAACCGUGUUGUGCAAUUGUAA